AGCGGAAGAGUCGGGUGUCGCGUGCAGGUACGUGUAGUUCAGGUAGGGAGGCGCGUGUCCGAUGGCGACCAAGUGUAUGAGUCGUUGUUUUGCGCUCUUCUGGCUCGGCGUAGGCUUCGACGUCGUCGGCUUUAUUUUGGUGCUUGUUGGCAUUUUCGCCAAUGUGCAGUACGGCGGCAGGUUCUUCGGUGACUUCUUAAUCUACACUGGCGCCAUUCUCAUUUUCCUGAGCCUGAUUUGGUGGAUUUUAUGGUACACGGGCAACAUCGAAGUGUCUCUGGAGGAGCUCGGGAAGGACCCGUCCGCCAAAAAGAGUCGAUUUGCGCAGUGGGCGAGGAAGGUCUCUGAGCGACUGUCGAAGAGAGGCUUGAAAACUUUGGAGGAAGCCGCCGAGAGGAUGAGCAUCGGGCGGAAAGAGCCCGUCCGAGGCGCGGUGAGCGCCGGCAGCCCGAGCCGUGUCACCUGGGAGGUCCCGAACGGUUACGUGUACGAGAAUGGCAGCAUGGACGUGAGCACCGAGAACGAGAAGACCCUGGAGCUGGGCACCUUGAAAAGGACGGCCGGGAAUGGUGCGCCGGUAGGAGAGCGGCUGGUAUAGCGGGGGACGGGGGACCGCAAGCCGACGAUUCGGAGCAGCGAAGGUGCGGAUGCUUAGAGAAAAUCACAUCCAAGGGUGUCUGAAUCUGAAACUUGGACUGAGAUUCUGCCUGGCUUGUUGCCCUGGUAUACCCGCCUCAGGGUUGGCGAGACUCGUUUCUGCUGGUCGGUCCUCCUCCUUUCUUUUCUACUUUUUUUUUUUAAUAUAUUGCUGCUAUGCAAUGCAGCUGACGUGCAGCUUUCCUUCAUUUGUUAAAGGAGGAUGAAGGUGGAAAGCAUUUUAUUGUCGUCUUGAAAUGUAAAUAUUUGUAUAAAACCAUUUUUCUCUUUCCAGUAAAGCAAGUUUAAAGAAUUCUUACAAAUCAUUUACUGAAGGUUAAUAAAGCAUUUUGGGCCAAA